ACACCAACAGCUCACAUCAGAGUGGUGUGUGUGGAGAGGGGGCAGCGGGCCAUGCACCACAGAAGAUGACCAGUGACCCCUGGACGGUUUAACUUCUCUCCCCACUGUUGGAAGUCUCAAAGACUACAGGCACUUUCAGAGCUUCUCCUUCAUCUGAAGAGCAGUAGAGAUGGGGUGCUCCUCGUCCAGCGCUCAGACGGUCGACCAAGAGAAGAGACCCGGUACAAAACCGGAGGAGACCAAUGGAGACACUCUGAUGGCCCAAAAUGGCAUCAUAGCAGAGGAUGCAGAGACCAUCAAGGAGCAGGUCCAGCUGCCUGCGCAGGGCCCUUCACCAGAUGCCUCCCCAGCAGUCGAGGCUGAAGAGGAGGCUGGUGCUGUAGCUUCAGAGGCUCAGGAGCAACAACUCCUGACUAGUUCUGAACAACAAGUAUCUGAAGAACUCACUCCUUCUGCAACUUCAGCCGGCCAUGCAGAGGCAGAAACGAAGACUGUAUCUCCCGAUGUGGAGGUUUCCCCUGUGGAACCGUUUCAGGCAGAGGAACCUCCAGAGGUUGAAGCCCAGGAGACACCAGCUGAGGACCCUGCGGUGGAUACUGUUGUCCCACUGAUAAAAGGGUCUGCUGAUGUUAAUGAACCUGUGUCUGCCGUGUCAGCGGAGGCCUCUCCGAUUGUGGGAGGAGUUGAGGAGGUUGUUGAGAGCGCAGAAACGGAUGGCCUUGCACCCACAAGUGCACCUGCAGAAUCUUCAGAAGCACAAGAUGAUCAAGUUUCAGCUGUAUCCUCUGCACCUGAAGAAGCUAAGGAGCAAGUGAUAGAUGCACUGAUUGCCGUGGCGACGAUUCCAGAGAUGCCUCCAGUAUCUCCAGCCCCCGACCAGCCACAAGACAAGUCUCAGUCUUCUACUAAAGGAGAAGAAGCUCCUUCGGCACCUGUGGACGCAGCCUUAUCCAAAGAAGCCUCAGAACCUGCAACCGAGUCCAAUCAGGAGGAGGAGCUAGCAGCCUCCACAGUGAUGGUGCCAGUCAUGACAGAAGCAGCAGUACCAGAUCCUGACACUCCUGCAAGUGAACUAAAUGACUCUGAAGACUCCUCAGCGUCGGCUUCAGGGCUGGACUCAACUCCUGAGCUCUUAUCUGAAGCAGUGUCGUCAACACAAGCCGUGUUGGACAAAGUUAAAAAGGAAGAGUGAACUAGAGAUGCCACACCGACUACUGUGAAGCCAACUGCGGGACAUAUAAACAACGACCAACACCAGAAACAUGUAGAAGGGUGUAAAACAUUAAAAACACACUGUCCUAACUUUCACAUGGAUGCUAUCUCUACAUGAAAUGACUGUUUUCUUAAUUCCUCUGACAUCCUCAUGCCUGGAGCCCCUUCUUCAUGUCUGUUUUUGGUAUGUUAUAAUGGGAAGUGUUACUUUCCUCUGGGGCUAUUUACACAGAACAUUUUGAACCAAGUGAUGACAGUAAUGUUUAUGGUGUCAUGUGAUUUAUACUCUGUUUUUCAAUGCUAAUGCUACAUAUAGUUUAAGGGGCGUGGUAUGGUAUUAAUACAGCGGCUGCAUGAGUGAAAAGAAAGUCAAGUGUUCCAUUAGUUAAAAAUAUGUAUGGGUUCCUAUGUGCCCGACAGCAAAUUAUUAUUUCUUUGUUCCCCCAUGAUUUAAUCCUGCUCCCAGUAAAGCACACAUAAUUUCUCUGUAAGGAUGACUAGUCAUAUAAAUUGAAAGUCAAGUCUGGUUUAUGAACUUCUUAAGAGAUCAAACUGUAAUGUUUGUCACUUGGUGUCACAGAAGUGGCUUUAACUCAUGUUACCAUAGGAAGGAGCAGAAAUGAUUAACCAGUAGCGUUUCAUCUGUUAGUAGAGACAAUAGGAAAACCUAGAUACAAUUGUUUUUCUUCACUCUUUGAUAGCAUUUUUUUCUAAUCCAGUGUACAGAAUAAAGAUGUACUCACUAACAUGGCUG